ACAGGCACAACCACUGGGCACAACUCUCUACAACUUACCGGCGUUCCGGAAGUUAAAGGCAGCGCCCCGGAAGUGACCCAAGUGACAUUCGUUCAAGCGAUAGACCGAUAGACUACCAAGACUACCGCACCGCUAUGUCUCGAUUCAUUCGGCAGACGGUAAACCAAUUGAAAAGCAAAGAAUUCAGGGAAUAUUUGUGCAGUACUCACUUUUGGGGUCCGGUUGCAAAUUGGGGGAUUCCCCUUGCAGCCAUCGCUGACAUCAGGAAAGACCCAAGUAUUAUUAGUGGCAAGAUGACACUUGCCUUAUGCAUAUAUUCGCUGCUCUUCAUGCGUUUCGCUAUCAAGGUCCAACCCCGAAACCUUCUCUUAUUCGCCUGCCAUGUAACGAAUGAGACUGCUCAAAUCACUCAGGGUUGCCGACUAAUCAACUAUGAGUACUUGGGUGGUUCAAAGGCAUAAUUUCCCCAACCAUCCAUACCAGACGAGAGAAGACUCGAUAAUCCAGAAUUCUGCCACAUAGAGAUUGAUUGUAAAAACAAUUGUAAAGUAUUUCAACCCCCCCCCCCCCCCCCCCCCCCCGACUUCCAUAUGCUUAAGCAGUAACGAAAUCAUCAUGCACUCACGCUGCCUCAUCAUCCACGUGAAAAAGGGGACUGCUGCGAAGCUGACACCAAUACUUAUAUAAUUCAUAGUAUUACUUAGUUGUUGACUGUUGUUGAUUAAAACUGUUUUGUUGAAGCA